AUGGGUAGCAAUAAUAUUGUUGUAUUUGGUGGGGGAUCUCACCCUCAGCUGGUGAAUAUGAUAUGUGAAAACUUGGGUGUUAAGCCAGCCCACGUUGAGCUUGGUAAAUUCUCAAAUGGUGAGACUAGUAUUAGCGUACAUGAAUCCGUGCGUGAAAAGGAUGUAUAUGUUAUUCAAAGUGGCUGCGGUCAUGUGAAUGAUAAUUUCAUGGAGCUAUUGAUUCUUUUGAGUGCCUGCAAAACAGCCUCAGCAUCUAGAGUCACAGCAGUGAUGCCUUACUUUUGCUAUUCCAGACAACCUGAUAUCCCAUAUACCGCUAAAGGCGCACCAUUGGUUUCAAAACAAAAAGAGAACGUCUCCUUUCAAAGCAGUUCGAAUGGUGGCCAGGCUUUCACUUUGAUGACACACAAACCUGGGGAAGAAACUUUAUUAAAAGCAAACGAUUCGGGACUACGGCAAUUCAACAACGUUGGCUCUUCAACAAAUCUGAUCAAAUCGACAUCCUUCUCUCGUAUCCCGAUGAUUCCGGGUGGUAAAGAGCAGGGUUCUUCAAAAACGGAUGCUGGGGAAUUGUUCAACGCACAAAAUUCCGGUUAUAAACUUUGGGUAGCUCAAGCAGGUACAUUGAUUGCCAAUCUGUUGACAACAUCAGGUGCGGAUCACGUAAUAACUAUGGAUUUACAUGACCCUCAAUUCCAAGGCUUCUUUGAUAUUCCGGUAGAUAAUCUGUAUUGCAAGCCAAUAGCUCAAAGUUACAUACAGCACCAUAUACCCAAUUACAAAGAGGCCGUUAUUGUUUCUCCAGAUGCUGGUGGUGCCAAGAGAGCGACUUCCAUUGCAGAUUCUUUGAAAUUGUCAUUUGCUCUGAUUCAUAAGGAAAGGAGAUCUCAGUUAUUAAAAGGUCCCCCUAGCACAACUUUAACAUCAGGUAACACUCUUCCCGUCACAGCUCCGCUGAUCACACCUUUCUCUUCUAGAGAAAUGAGUUCAUCUACUUCCACGUCUAAGUAUGUGCAAACCACCAUGCUCGUCGGUGACGUCAAAAAUAAGGUAUGUAUAUUGGUAGAUGACUUGGUGGAUACCUCCUACACAAUUACUCGGGCUGCAAAGCUAUUGAAAGAUCAGGGUGCAACAAAGGUUUACGCCUUAGUUACUCAUGGUAUCUUCUCGGGCGAUGCGCUCAUUAAAAUUCAGCAGAGUGCUAUCGACAAAUUGAUUGUGUCGAAUUCUGUUCCACAAAAAGAGACUGUCGAGUUUUUAGGCAAGCACCGAGUUGAUGUUUUGGAUGUUUCAAGAGUACUGGCCGAGGCUAUAAGAAGAAUUCAUAACGGUGAAUCGAUUUCAAUGCUCUUUGAGCAUGGAUGGUAA